GCUUUUGAUCUCAUGUCACGGGCCAUGGGCGGUACUCCACGACCCAGCGUAAUCGAAUCAGCCCAAUGUAGCCACAUAUGUAGUAAAACCAGUCCGCGGCUGGGGGAAAUGUCCCAAACCCCCCAAUUUUCCCAAACUGAUGGGGUGCGUGCGUGUGUGUUGUCUGGAAAGCAAGGCGAACAGCUUUGACUCGGCGGUGUCAAUCAACGUGUGUUGUUAGCUAUUUCAAGUUGUAAUAAGCAAGCUGAACUUUACCAGCCAAUAUAUUUAGUGUUUUUUGACGAAGAACAGCGAUGGACUGUGGGGAUGUUCAGUGCACUCCCCUGGUCUUUCUGACUUUCCUUCAACAGCAGAGCUGCAGCAGUGCGGACCUCCGCAUAGAGCUGGACUCAUUGGCCCGGGAGCUGAAGCUAACCCAGGACAUAAACGGCAAUGGUCUGGGUCUUAACAUCCACGAGGAGGGCGAGCUUCAGACCGAUGGACACUUCUGCAGCAGCAGUAGUAUCUUACUAGAGGGGCUUGAGCCUCAGGCUGCGCUGGCAUGGCCCGAUAACCCUGCCGAUGAAGAAGCCCUGAGAGGUGUCGCUGCAGGGCUGAUUGAAAUAGCUGAUCAGCUUGAGCGUAGUGUGAUGGCCCAGGCUGCUGAGAAUCUGACCAAGAAACUGCAGAAGUAUUCCAUUGGGCUAUGGAAGCACCACCUAGCCCUGGAAGUGGAGUGGGUGAAGAAGCAGGGCCUGGGCCCCGUGCUGGACUAUCUACCCCAGGAGAAGGUGAUCAUGGCCCUCACUCUGACCCUGGUGAAGGGGGUGUGUGAGCACGCCCCCCUACUGCUCCGUAAUCUGUUCAGCACAGCAGUUCAGUUCAUAAACCCGGCCGUGGCCAGGUGACUUCAAAACAGACCCCAAACUCUACGGACUCCCCACUCAGGACGUACACUGAGCCUGAUGCUUGAUUACCAAUCAGUAGUGAGUGGGCCAUUUAGUUUAGUUCAGGGGCACAUUCAUUUUCUUAACAAGCUGCUCCGUAAAUGUAUAACUUUCAAUCAUUUUUGUGAAAAGAUAGUGUUUGCCGCUGGAUUUGGAAACUUCAGUGCUUUAUUUGACCAGUUCUGAUACUGAAAGGGAUGGAGAAGUGUCAUGCAUCGUCUGCUGUUUUCACUUCCACAUUGUGCUUGAAAAUGAUUUCUGUAACAAGUUCUCCCCCAACAGUUUUGUAACAAUACAUGGCUUCCUCAAAGGGGAUGAAUCCCCUUUUGUUUCAAAGUCCCUGUUAGUGUUUGAAAAAUGCCUUUGUUUGUUCUAUGCAUAGAGAUCCAUUUAAAAAUAAACUUAGGAGUAAUAAAAUGAUUUAAGGGAGAAACAUUUUAUUAACUUGUUCAUGUGUCCAAAACCACAACAAUGCAGUUUACAUGAUGUAUUCUGGUCUCAAACUGCACAUAUAGGGAACUUGGUGAUGUGCCAAGAUGGGGAUUUGACAUCCAUACUGUACUUUCCAGGUACAUUUCAGACAAUUUGCAUACCUAUUAUCUAACUGACGUACAUUUGCAUUCGAUGGAACAAAACCAUUUAUGGUCAUUUGUCUCUCCCACACAACUACCCCAAACCACACAUGGUUGUAUUUACACUUGGCUAAACAGAAGUGAGUUGUGUGCAUCUUUAGUUUUGACAUUGACCAAGUUAGCUGUGGGAAUCCACUGACCAGUGAACACAAAGCUGGAACCACUACUUUAACUUGGA